UCCUCAACUUCACUAAUCAGAGGAAGAAAAAAAAAAAAAAAACAACAACAACAACAAAGUUUUCAAGAUUCUAUAAGUGCAAAUUCAUCAGCAAAAUGAAGCCAGUGGUACAUGAAAACAAUGGCAAAGUGACCAUCAAAACAGAGUGCAGAGCAAAUGAAGAAGAAGGAAGAAAACACGUAGAGAAAUUGGAACUGGACACGAAAAAUGUUGACACCGUUAAGUACAUUGAAAAAAAGUUAACGGAAAAAGGGGUACAGAGAUUAGAACGGCAUCCAGUUGACGGGUUACCGUUAAAGCAUGAUCCGAAAAAGGGACACGGUGGAAAGUACACGUGGGAAGGACCCGAUAAGGAAGCUGUUAAUGAAUUGGACCCGGCCCCACCCGCAUUGGAUGAGAAGGAUCCGAAUUAUGUGGAUGAAGAAAUAGAAGAGAAGGUGGUUAAAGAUGAAGUUGUGGUGGGUGAAAUUGAUGUGCCAAAAUUGGUUGAAGAAGGUGUUGCUAGACUUGAUGUUGAUCCUAAUUUGAAGGUUAAUAAUUGAAAGAAUUAUUAACUAGUGUAAUUAGGUUUGUUAACUAGUAUUUGGCAUUGUAAAGAUGAUCAUGUGAUGUAAUAAUAAAUUGUUGUUUGUUUGGUCAAA